UAUUGUUAUUGUUUCUUAUGGAAUGACUUUAUCAGGUUUGAACAAUGUUUAUUUACUGGACUAUUGAACAUGUUGUCAUACAUGUACUUUACUUGAGUGUUUUCAUUUCAUGCUCCUUUAUACCUCUAAAAGUAAAAGAAUCAUUGAUCUUUUUACUCGACAGCAUCAUUUUGUUGAUAUAUAGGUAUCAACAAAUUGCAGCCACAUUGUUUUUUGUAAAUGUGUUUAUUUUCAACAAAUUUAGGAACUUUGGAGGCAACAACUACAUAAAAAGGCAUAACUUUCCAAACUUUGAUUUCAUGUUGCUCUCAAUGCUUGGUUAGUUGGAUUUUUAAAUCAGCACUUUUACUUUGGGUUUUACUUUAAGGAUCAUGGUGUUUCUUCCACAACAGUUUAUUUUCCUCAUUCGUUUUAAUUAAGUUCUCUGGUUCUUUAAUGGGUCCUGUGUAGUGCAUGUUCGGGUCGGUCUCUGGAAAACAAUAACACUUAGCUAGUGAACUCAUCAGAGAGCUUCAGAUUCAUGUUUCAUCCUCCUCUUCUACGAGUCAGAGCGGCUGUAAUCUGGGAGUCAGUGAAUGGAUUAUACUCAAUCUAAAUGACCCAGUGUAAGAAUAGCUCGACUCGUCUGUAAAGAGGACACAGAUUACACUGCGUCAUGUUUGUUUACUGUAAAUUGCGUCAUGUUUGUUUACAGUAAAUUACGUCAAGCUGCUCACUGUGGAAAAUGUACUCCAUACAGCACUUUAAAGUAAAACAACUCCUUUCCAAGUAAAAAUCCUGCGGUCAGCAAUAAAGUAUAAUUUACGAGUAGUUGGGAUGCUGAAAAGUUUCUCUGUUAUGAUAUUAUUAUUAUUAUCAUUAUUAUUAUUAUUAUUAUUAUUAUUAUUAUUAGACCAUUAAUUUGUUUUAAUUCAUAUGUAGGCCGUACUUUUGUGGUGGAUUUGGUUAAAGAGUGGCCAAUUUGAACUUCCUAAUGUACAGUUGGGUGCUUCAAUCCACAAUAAUGAAUCAUAUUUUACGAAUUGAACACAUAUGUUUGACACAUUUGCUAAAAGUAACUACUGUUUAGAGCUGUUAAUAAAAUAGUGGAUUCAAAAGGUUUAUUUCAAAUAUUUCCCUCUGAAAUGUUUCAGACUAGAAGCAUAAAGUUGCAUAAAAUUAAACUACUCUAAAGUACUUCAAAAUGAUACUUAUAUAUUAUGCAGCAUCCCUCCAUCUUUUGCGAGCAAUAUAUUAUACCUAAAUUGUGUAUAUGUUUGAUAGUCUUAAAACUCUUUAUCUAUUUUAUUUAACACUGUGGCGUCAAACUGGUGUCAGUAUCUGUGGAGGAACUCCAGGCCUGAAGGGGGCAGAGAGAGCUCACCCAGACACCCAACAGACAGGAUGCAACCCAUGUUUCUGGAGGGACCGAUUUCACCUGCGCACCUCAAAUCAAGCAUGAGUAUAAAAUGUUUGGAGGUAGCUCGGCGAGCCCUCUUUGCUCGGUCUCCUCAGCCUACUGACAGCUCAUGUUCAACCACAGAAGCAACUGGUUAUCAACCUAUUCUUCCUCUGGAAUUUCACUUUGUGCCAUCAAUCUGAAAGAAAAUAAAUCACCAGAAUGGAACAGAGUUGUCCCCUUGCAUUAUUUGUGUUGAACAAGCCGUUUUCAAGUUUGGGCAGAGCUGAAUCUGAAUCUUAACAUCUGGAUAACUUGACAGUUGAUAACCACCUUAUAUCCAGCAUUGGCAGUGAAGACCCCAGGAUUAAAGCCUGAAGAAAGGAAAGCUGUCAUUGCAAAGGGAGAAUUGACUGGAAAACAAUGACGAAGGAAGCUCUUGGAAAAACAGUGAAACAGCUGAAGCAAGAGAGGACCUUGGCUAGAAGUGCCUUCACCAAACAAGCCAACUUCCUGAGCAGAACGUCAGGAAAUUUGACAAAGACUGAACUACAAGAGGAGUUCAAGCAGCUCACGUCACUGGCAAGGAACAUCGGGGAAACGAAUGAUGGCUACAGGGCUGGCCUACUGGCAGACCUUGAAGCUGAGACUGAUGAAGGUGAAGAAGUCAAGCUGGACGAGCAGCAGCAAAAAAACCUGGAAAAGGUAAUGGAGGAGUGCGAUGCAAAACUGGAUGAGACAGCCUGUGAGGGACUUCAGGGAAUACCUGUCCCCGCCGUGAGUAGAGAUGGCUAUGAGCUACGGUGGGGCACUGUGAAGAAGCAAAUCCAAGGUGCCGCUACAAGCCUAUCAGAGUGGGAGAUGUGGAUUCCAGCAUUACAGAAGGCAAGUCUGGAGGACAGAGUGAAGGAGCUGAAAGCUCUAAAAACCAGCCUUGAAGCGAGGAGAGCAGAAUUUCUCACAGCACAAAGAAUGGCAGAGAGAGAGAAGACGAAGAACACCACCACUGCCUGUGCCAGCUCAUCAACCAAUAGUAAAAAUAAAAGCAACCAGUCUACCCAGGUUCGACGGAUUCAAAAGGAAUUUCCAUUGAUGGAGGAAGGACUGGGAGAACCUGCAAAGGCAGGGGGAGCCGACCGGCUCAGUAGAGGCAAAGAAGUUCCAACUCCUGGACAGCGUUGAGGAGAGAAUUUGCCGGGACCUGCGCCUGCCUACUUACAACACUGCUGAAGAUAUGUUCAGAGUGCUGGAGAUCAGGUAUGGAAACAAGUCUACAAUUGCCCUGGAGAUAAUUGAAGAUCUGGAGAAAUUUCCUGCUUUAAGAGCAAACCAGCCAAGGAAAGUCAUGGACAUGAUUCGAACCAUUGAGAAGGCCCUGAACGAUCUCACAGAGCUCGGAAACACUGGAGCCAUAAUGAAUCCUCUGGUGAUAAGAUCCAUAGAGAGCAAGCUGCCAGACAAUAUGAAGAGAGACUGGCUCGUAUUCAUGGUCAACCCAAGAAAUGGCGUGACCCCAGACACUCACUUCGACAGCCUUCUUGGAUUCCUGAAGACCCAAGAGGAAAUUCUUGAGAGACUGGAGCAGCUUAGUGUGAGUGAAAAGCCUGAAAGGAAACUUUCAGGACAAGAAGUAUGCCUCCACACGUUCCACAAGGAGGGGAGGAUGUAUUAUCUGUGGAUAUGAAAAGCACCAGGAGAAGAUUUUCUUUUGCAAGCGGUUUAAAGAACUGAAGCCUGGCAAGAAGCUGAGUGCUGUGGAGAAGUUGGGAGCAUGCAAGCGAUGCUUAGUCUGUCAUGGAGAAGAUGAGUACUGUAAAGACACUUACCUGUGCAGGAACAGGGACUAUAAAAAAGGGAGCUCUUCGGACCACCAUUUCUUUCUUUGCUCAAGAGGAGACUUCAAGAUGAAGGAAUCUGAUGGAGGAAAAUCUGCCUGGAGAGAGCAAAAGCUCACAGAGGAGCAAGUAAAAUUGAUGUCUGAACUCACUCCGGAAAUGGCAGAAAGAUUCAGGAAAGCUUUUACCAACACCACUGCAAGGGCCAACUGUGUUGUGAAGGAUCAACGUGGAGUGGUGGCGUCAAGAACACCUGAGCUACCAGUCAUUCUAAUGCUGUUAGAGGUAACUGCCAAUGCAGGACAGAAGAUUGGAACUCUCAUUGACUUAGCAUCAGACACCAACUACGUCACCCACAGUGCUGCCAGGAGAUUGAAUCUGCUAAGUGAAAACAUCAUGCUAAUCGUCCAUGGAGUCGGAGGGAUGGCCAUGGAGGUGAAAACCAAAAGAUACUCACUCAGAGUGAGGGUCAAGACACCCAACGGCACGGAGAGAGCUCAUGAGCUUGUCUUGGCAGAUCAUGGGAGACCUUCCAUUGGAGCGGAUAACACCGGCCAAACCUUUUGAGUACACAACAGUGGACUUAUUUGGACCUUGUGAAGUCAAGGAUGAGGUGAGAAAGAAAGUCAAGCUCAAGGUGUGGGGAAUUGUCUUCUGCUGCAUGGCAUCCAGAGCUAUGCACACAGAUGUUGUCAGUGACCAGUCAACUGAAGGCUUCUUACUGGCGUACCAGAGAUUCACAGGACUUAGAGGGCAUCCGAAGAAACUGUGGUCAGAUCCUGGAAAGAACUUUGUGGGAGCCAGACCGGCCCUCAAAGAGCUCUACCUCUUUCUGGACCAACUGGGAAAAUCUGAGCUUGAGAAUGAAGCUUCCAAGCAUGGAACAGAAUGGAGUUGGAAAAUCCACCCAGCAGACUCUCCUCACAGGAAUGGAGCUGCAGAAGCAGCUGUUCGUUCUGUGAAGCGGGCCUUGCAAAACCUGGGAGGAGAAGGACUCUUCACAUGGAGUGAGUUCCAGACAUUCUUGUUCAUGGCUGCCAAUCUUGCUAAUGAAAGAACCAUUGAUGCCAGGGUGCAGAGCCGGGAGGACUGCAUAGACUACAUUAGCCCAAAUACCCUUCUGCUUGGACGGACUGGACCCAGAGGAGAUCUUGGAAGCUUUAACUUUGAAGGCUACCCCUACAGAAGAUUGAGGGCUAUUCAAACAGAAAUCGACCGAUUCUGGAGGAAAUGGAGUCAGUUAGCUGGGCCCAACCUAUUCGUGAGGGCUAAGUGGCACACAGUGCAAAGGAAUGUGGCAGUUGGAGAUGUUGUCUGGCUAGCGGACCAAAACGCCCUGAGGGGUCAGUAUAGGCUCGCCAAAGUGAUCAAUGUCAACGCUGACAAGAAGGGUAUCGUCAGGGAUGUUCACGUCAGAACUUUUCCUAGCUACCCUGUCCCAACUAUGAAGCCUGCUCAAAACCAGAAAGCAAAAAGACUCAAAACCAAAAUAUCAGCUACAGUUCUUCACAGAGAUGUCAGGCGUAUCAUUGUCCUACUUCCGAUUGAAGAGCAACACUGAAAGGGCAACUUAAACAAACCCUGCCCAACACUAAGGUGCUGUGACCUCCUUGGGUUCAAGAACCAGGAGGUCAAGUGGGAGGUGUGGCGUCAAACUAGUGUGAGCAUAGGACCAGUAUCUGUGGAGGAACUCCAGGCCUGAAGGGGGCAGAGAGAGCUCACCCAGACACCCAACAGACAGGAUGCAACCCAUGUUUCUGGAGGGACCGAUUUCACCUGCGAACCUCAAAUCAAGCAUGAGUAUAAAAUGUUUGGAGUUAGCUCGGCGAGCCCUCUUUGCUCGGUCUCCUCAGCCUACUGACAGCUCAUGUUCAACCACAGACGCAACUGGUUAUCAACCUAUUCUUCCUCUGGAAUUUCACUUUGUGCCAUCAAUCUGAAAGAAAAUAAAUCACCAGAACGGAACAGAGUUGUCCCCUUGCAUUAUUUGUGUUGAACAAGCCGUUUUCAAGUUCGGGCAGAGCUGAAUCUGAAUCUUAACAUCUGGAUAACUUGACAAACACCAAAAGUAUUAUAAAAUGACGUCUUGCCUGCAGCGCCCCCUCCUCUUAGCGGCCCUCUGCCUGCUGCUGCUCGCUACUCUGCUGCCCAGCGCUGAGGCCCGGCGGGGAGGCGGAGGUUUUGGAGGUGGGUUUGGCCGAGGAGGAGGUGGAGGCCGGGGCUGGGGCCGUGGUGGCGGCCAGGUCUACAGACCGGUGCAGAGCAGCGGUCCCAGUGCAGGGAAAGUAGCAGGGGCCGCUGCAGCGGGGGCCAUAGGGGGAGCCAUGAUCGGCUCUGCCCUCAGCCGCCCUGGAUAUGGAGGAGGAUAUGGAGGAGGCUAUGGAGGAGGAUAUGGUGGCGGAUAUGGGGGAUAUGGAGGGGGGUAUGGUUACCCAAGAUAUGGUGGUGGCGGCUAUGGACCCAGGCCCGGCUAUGACCCAGAGGGCUCUGGGGACAUGGAGUACUACGCCGGGGCCUCCAGUGGCCCCAUCUACAACAGCAUCAUCGUUGUAAUUGGCUCCCUGAUGUCCCUGCUGAUGGGACACUGGGCAGCAGGCCUGUAAAAGGAGAGAUGUCAUCAACAAACCUCCUGUAGAAAUAUGUUCAGAUAGUUUUCAACCGAAUGUUUCCCACAUUCACAUUCCUCUUUCUAAGUGUUCAGUCUUUUUAUACUUUUGAUGAUUGUAUUAAUGAUCAAAAUGUUUUAUCCAUAAGGAAUCUGUGAAGAUAGCCCAGGUAUAAAUGACAUGUGUAGUUAGGUUAAGACUACCUCAAGAAGUCAUGUGAGGAACAGUUUAAAGAGCAGCUGCACAUUUGUUAUGAUCAUGCCAUUUAUCAGUAUUUUACGUAACAAGUGUGUUUUUAGUUUUUUAAUCUCUGCAUAAUGGAAAUGUUACACUUUCAGAACAUUGCUUGUGUAUUUAUAUUUGACCUAAUUAAAGUUUUUAUUUAAAAAUGUUAAAAGUGUUUCCAUGUUUAUUAUUAUUUAAAUAAAAAAGCGUUAGAACUAAAA